GCGAUAGCAGUGGCGUUCGAGCUGAAGAUCCGAAGCUGUUUGGAUUUUGCUGAAGAGAACUUAGUACCGUGUCUUCGCUUUGUGUGUGUGUUUUUUUCGUGUGGUGAUAGCAAGUGCCGGAAUGACCUUUGAGAAUUGUGUGAGGACCAACUCCCUCUUCACACCUGUGGCCAGAAAACGGAUCGGCGCAAAGAAUCUCAUUGAGUGACCGGCAUCUUGGGAUGAAUGGGCAUCUACCUGUGAAGCUCGGUAUCUAGAUUAACACCGUCACCAGGCAGCAUAACCCAGCAUCUUCUGAAGAGCAUUGAGUCAGCGAGAGAUUUGACUGAUUAUCCGCAAUCAUGUCAGGAGCAACAGACACAAUCCCACAAGAGGUGACCACAGAGCAAGAAGUUCCAGCGUGGAAGUCUCGUCUCUUCAGCUGGAAAAUGGCGGGCGCUGUGUUGGCCUUCCUGGUGGUCCUCGGCUGGAUUUUCAUCAUCGUGGUUCUCAUCCUCGAGGAGAAGUGGCAGCUGGUGCUGGUGGCGUGGCUGCUCCUCUACUCAGCCGCCCACUUCUGCUACUGGUACUGCAAGCGCCACAGCCUCAUCACGCUGCACAGACAGGUAAGGCUGCGUUCCGACAUCGACGCUGGAAAACAGUGUUUGGGUUUCCAUAGCAAGAAGUUCCAGCGUGGAAGUCUCGUCCUCUUCAGCUGGAAAAUGGCGGGCGCUGUGUUGGCCUUCCUGGUGGUCCUCGGCUGGAUUUUCAUCAUCGUGGUUCUCAUCCUCGAGGAGAAGUGGCAGCUGGUGCUGGUGGCGUGGCUGCUCCUCUACUCAGCCGCCCACUUCUGCUACUGGUACUGCAAGCGCCACAGCCUCAUCACGCUGCACAGACAGAUCCGGUUGCGUGUGCUGACGCACAUGAGAAGCGGAGAGUCUGGCGCCAAGAGCGAGGACCGCCCCCCGACGUACGACGAGGUCAUGAAGACAGAGGCGCCGCCGCCCGCGUACUUUACCGUCGUUACAGAGACAAUGAAGCCGCAGUCUGCCUCUGCCUCGUCCUCCGCCGCCCCCACCUACGUAUGGACGACAGACAGCAAGCAGACGAUGGGCGACUCCCAGGCGAGCGUCAUGGAGUACUGUGAGCAGCCUCCGGAGUACAACAGCCCCAAGCACUCCAUGUCUUCCUCGAUCGCGCCGGCUGUGCACGGGGAGCCCCUCGCCUUCACCACGGCCGCGGCCAUCUCGGCUGCGGCGGCAGCAGUGUCCCCUUUCCGCAACGCGAUGGCCGCCGAGCCGGUCGAAGACCCCAUCAGAGGGCCGAUCGUGAGGCACCUGCGGGCGGCGACGCUGGCGACGCUGGAGGUCUCGUCCAACGAGGAGGUCACGACGGAAGCGUCGGCCGCGGCGGCCAGCGCGCCCGGAACAAGUAGUGACUCUGGCGAGGGCUUCGCCGAACUCCACGGGCCAUCUUUGAGGCAGUGUACUGUCUGAAUACUGUAUAUGCAAAUAUACAUAUAUGCAUACAUGCCAAAUACAUAAUUUAUAUCGGGUGAUAUCUAAUGUACAAAUCUACGUUACGUUUAUGUAUAAAGAUGUGCCUUAUGAAUUGAAUCUAAGACUCGCUCAGUGACAUACUUGUUACCACUUUCUGAUAGGUGAUAUAUAUAUAUUUCUAUUUUUAUAUUAUUGUAUCUCUUUUCUAUGAGAUUAGGUUGUAAGAAUGGCCAUUGUUACAAUAAAAUUCAAUAAUUA